UCCGGGCUAAAAAACUGAGAGAUUUUCCUUUGCAACAUCUGCAACUCAGAGUCGUUGCUGUCAUUAAGCCGCUGCAGCUUUAAGGAAGCGGUCCUGAUGGUGGACCGGUCAUAAAACAAAGGGCAUAGAUGAACCUGGAAAAAAUGUCAUGGAUAUCCUCGGGUAUUUGGCUCCUAUGUUGUCAUAUGCGGGUUCAUAACCUCUGCUUGGGUCACUGGGAGGAGCUCGGCGGUGCUGCGGCUGCUAAUGGAUUGCUGUCAGGUUCAUACAUGCGAUGGAAUAUUUGGUUGUGAUCACAGUGCAGUUCUUUGGCGCAUCUUGACGUGUUCUGUGUGUGUCAUAUUUUGGAAGCCAUCCUUAAUGAGAGACAUGAGUUUGAACCAUUUUGGACUUUGCUCGGAGAAGAGAAACUUCUUGUGAUGGAAGAGAGGAUGCAGAUAUUUGGAGGAAUGUCCAGAUAAAACUGUAAACGUGCUCAUCCUCACAGAUCACAGAUUCUAUAUUUCCUAGGGGAUCUGACUGAAAAGGUAAGUGUUUACAAUAUUUUAGCAACAGGAGGACAAUCUCUCACCAUCCCUUAAGACCUUCAAAGUAAAAGCUACAGUGGAUCCUUACCCUUUCAAUCUUGUCACAAUGGAACACUCUGCCUCUAUGAACUUGACUGUGGUGGAUGGAGAUGAGGUGGAGGACCAGCGACCUCUCCUCCCAACAAGGAUAGUUCCCCUACCCCAGGUGUGCUCUCCACAGUGUGGGAUACACCACACAGUCCAAACAUCGGCCGACCACACCGUGUGGCUGGACCGCAGCCAAGCCGUGACCACCACGCUUUUAUACAACGGCCAUCUUUAUGUCGCGCCUUCUCCUCGCUCUAAAAAGAGGGCAGACAAAGCGAAAGGCAAGGAGAAGAAGUGUGAGAAGAGGUCAGGGGGCAUCAGAGCAAACCCGGGACACAAGGAGCAAAAUCACCAGUGCAGAGGCAAAAAUGCAACAAUCCACAGACUCCAGGAGAGAGUCACCUCUUUCACUGACAUCCCCAUGUCUCCCUGUGACUCACCGUGUAAGAGCCCGAGCAGGUCACAUGUAGACACCAAGGAUGUUGAGAGCAGACGAGGCUGCAAGACAGACAAGGCCUCUCUGGAGAUGCACGGCCGUCUCCCAGAGAUCGUCAUCACCAGCAAAGAUGACGACCGGCAGCAUCAGAACGAGUAUCACCAGGACCCGAGGAAGAGCAAAGGCCUGCUGCCAGGAGCCGAGUGUCCCAGUCCAAGCCCCAGUCCCAGUCCUCAUAGCAGUCCAAAGCACAAGGCAGAGGACAAGGACGACCACUACUGGAAGACCCACGGUAUCGGCUGGCGGCUGGUCCGCAGGAGGACUCUGUUUCUGAGGAGGCAGCGGCUGAGCGACUGCACUCUGGCUGUGGGGAUGUUCGGCGUGGUGCUGAUGGUGAUGGAGACAGAACUGUCCUGGAGCGUCUACAGCAAGAGCUCCGUCUACUCCCUCGCACUCAAGUCCGUCAUCAGUUUGUCGACGCUCGUCCUGCUCGGCCUCAUCAUAGCCUAUCACUGCUGUGAAGUGCAGCUUUAUGUCAAUGACCUUGGUGCAGAGGAUUGGCGGAUCGCCAUGACAACAGACCGCUUGGCUCUGAUGGCCCUGGAGCUGCUAGUCGCGGCCAUUCACCCGUACCCCGUGGGUCUGCUGGCGUACUUUCAGCAGAGCUCGGCGGCUCGCUUGUCGUCGUCAGAGACAGAGCUGGAGAUCGCGCUGACUCUGCCCAUGUUGCUCAGACUCUACCUGCUGGGACGAGUCAUGAUGCUGCACAGCCGCCUCUUCACUGACACGGCAUCCCGCAGCAUCGGGGCCCUCAACAAGGUCAGGGGUCACGUGGUCUCAGAAAGCAGCCAGCUAUGA